CUUCCCUCUUCUGAAAAGGAUUUAGAGCUGAACACACCAUCACACUCGACACACACACACACACCUGCUGUGGAUAUGGCGUUCACUGUUGUGCUGGAUGGACCCGCACCGUGGGGCUUUCGACUUAUUGGAGGACGGGACUUCAGCCAACCCCUCACCAUCGCCAAAAUAUCACCAGGAAGUAAAGCUUCCAGAGUCAACCUCUCUCCUGGAGACAUCAUCUUAGCGAUAGAUGGAGUUUCUGCAUUAAACAUGAUGCACUCUGAUGCUCAGAAUCUAAUCAAGGAUGCCACCUAUCAGCUCACACUUACUGUUGAGAGACCAGAGACUAAGCUGUGGUCACCAAAUAUCACUGAAGACAACAAAUCCAGUCCAUUUAAAAUGAACCUAGAGGCAGAGAGACAAGAGUACAGACCAAUAGGAACAGGCCAUAAUCGAAGGGCUUCGCCCUUUGUGGCUGCAGCCAACAUCGAUGAAACGCGUCAGGUGGUGAGUCCAACCUACAACUCCCCUAUUGGCCUUUACUCUUCAGGCAAUAUCCAUGAUGCCUUACAAGGACAACUCAAGGGACUCAUCCAUAACAAACCAGCAAGUCCCAGGAAGCUUAGCAAUAUAGAGGAUUCAGAUGUAUAUCGGAUGCUGCAGAGAAAUCAAGAUGAGGACGAACCCCACGAACCGCGACAGUCUGGAGCCUUUAAAGCCUUACAAAGCUUUAUCAACAGUGAGGGUACACGUCCAUUAGUGACAAGGAAAGUUCGUGCCCCAAUGACCAAGCCAUCUGCUCCUGCGGGGAACUUGCACAAGUUACCAAUGUGUGAUAAGUGUGGUAACGGCAUAGUUGGGACGGUUGUGAAGGUUCAAGAUAAGUUUCGUCACCCGGACUGUUUUGUGUGCACAGAAUGUGAGGAAAACCUAAAGCAGAAAGGAUACUACUUCAUAGAUGAUGAGCUGUACUGUGAAACCCACGCUCAUGCCCGGGCAAAACCUCCUGAGAGUCCAGACCUCUGAUUACAUGACGGCACUAACUACAAGUCAACUACUCAGUGCAUGAACAUCUUGUUUUAACCACUGACACAAAAGUUUUGCCACAAAUCAUGCACAAUUAUGUCAACCAGAUACCAAGGGACACAGGUUUAUGGAUAGUGCAUUGUCGUGUCAUGUGUGCUGGGAUGCAGUAUUUUGCACUUACUUUAUAGGAACAGGUGUGUUGCCAUUGCCUGCCGUUUGUAUAAAAAAAGGUUUUGUUUUUUGAGAAUCAUAAUUCUCUUAUCUGUGUUUAAACAGGACAGGGGAGAGCUUUCCUAGCACAUGAAACAUAAUGUCCAACAAGACUCAAGUGGUUUCAUGUCUACAUCAUUGCCAUGAUCGUGUUUAAUUUGCUUGCAGGUCACAGGAAGUAUUUCAAAAUGAGUCAUGUAGCCUAUAGAGUUACAACAAAAACAUUUCUUAAUUUUGAUUCUGAACCCUUUUGUUCUACUGUCAUCAUUUGUAAAGAAAAGUCUGCUUUGGAAAUUUACUGUCACCUGGAGUAAUGUACACAAGUGAAAUUUACCUUAUUGUUGUGUUUUCUGCAUGAUGAGUCGCAUGUAAUCUCUCUUCAUCUCAAGCAUGCCCUUCACUGACACUGCUGCCUCUUAAAGAGGACUUUUGAUUCAACUUUAUUAGUGGCAAAAUUGCUCCGUUUUCUGGAAAUAAAAUAACUGAUAGAAAUCAAA